GUGGACUAGGAUCAAGUUCCCAUGACGAGAAUCAUGCCAAUUUAAUAGUUAAGAAAUCCCCAAUCCGAUAAAACUUUAAAUAGUAAGAGCUUUUCAGCUGGUGAGCCAAGCAAUCAUUUUCCACUAUAUUACAAUUGACUUUCAUUUGAUCAUUUGCAACCCCAAACUUUUCUGUAACCGUAUAGCAAUAUGAAUCAUACACAUCUGAACCGAGCCCAUCAGGCUUCGGAUUUACGUACAGCGAAGAAGUAGUUGCCUACCUUUUCACUGCCAUCGACCUGCUUCCACCCAAGCCCAGGGAUAUAUAUUACGCCCUGCACCAUUGGGUGGCUCCAGCCUCGACCGGCGAGGAAAGUUCGCAACUCUUCCUCGUUGAGAUACUUGUUCCAGUCGUGUGUUCCCUUGGGAACAAUACCCAGAACGUCCUCGGCCAUGAAAUUGGUGGUAAACCAACUCAUCCACGUUCGCGCGAUGGUGCUCAUAACAAGCCAUCCCCCAGGUUUGACGAAGGGGCGCACCUUUUCCAGAAAUGCGCCUGGAGCAUCGAUAUGCUCGAUAACCUCGAACAAUGAGACCACAUCAUAGGCCUCUUGUGGUGUCGCAGGGAUAGGAAGAUUUUCGAUUGAUGUUUGCCGAUAUUGGAGCUUGGAGCGAAGACCAGGAUCUUUGCGAGCGUGUGAACGUGCUACAGCGAGCACUUCGGGGGUGGGAUCGAUAGCAGUGACAUGCCUGGUAGUCGGUAAACGAGCUGCACUUUCGGCAAAGAUACCACCGCCGCAGCCAAUAUCAAGGAACGUCAGGUCUCGAGUGGGAGAAUCGGGAUCGGUGCGGUGACAAGCGCGGAUGAAGUCAUGACGUAAAGGAUUCAUGAGAUGAAGUAGCCGGGAGGAGCCAUGAGGAUCCCACCAGUCGGCGGCGAGCGCAUUGAAGUGUGAGACCUCAUCGGGGUUGACAGAUGAGAAAUUCUGUGACGAGUUGGACGAGGACGUGGAGUGCCAUCGAGGUGUUGGCGAUGUCGUAAUAGAGGCUGCGAUGGUAUGGCUCGCCGGCAAUGGGAGGGCGAAAGGCCGCCGACUUGAUCGGGCGAGGUUGCGGAAGAGGGCACCCACCAGCCGGGACGGAGCCGGCAUAUUUGGAGGCUCGGGGGUGAAGUGAGAGAGGUCACGGUUUGGUUGGUAGGUGGUAAUGGAAUAGGUAAGGUGUGGAUGAUGCGAGGAUCGAUGAGCGGAUGACAAAGCUGCAAGCCAAGCAAGAUAAGAUAGUCUCUAUGGACCCUGAACAAAAAGUCAACGAUGACAAGAUUCAAUUCGAUCACAGGGUAGACUCGGACGGUUCCGCCAUCGGUUCCACUACUGCUCUGCCAAAGUCCAAGAAUUUCUAUCGUCUCUCGCUGACUGAUGCUUCGCAAUUCCUUAGUCCAACAACGUCUUAACAAAGCUGACAUAAUGAGCGAGCCAGUACUGACCAAUCACAAUCAAAAGAGUACGACCCGAACUGCCCGAUCAAGUAAAGACCCUUUUCAAUCACCAAUGCAUUGACAUGUGAGCCCAGCGUUGACGAUGCAACGCGGGUUCACGACCAAUGACUCCGAGGGUAAAGUAACUCGGCAUUCGAGUAGGUCUUCAUGGGAUCUGGGCUUACUUAGACCGGAUAAGCCGGGCUCGAUCGAAAGGAAGCGAGCGGGAAAUUCACCGCGCGGCUGUGAUUAAGACCGGACUGCGGAGCGGGGCUUGGCUUCCUUUGGAGAAAAAGGUUCUGUCUGAAUCAUGCGAUGCGAGAAUCAAAUGCCGUAUCCGAGCAUAUUUGAUAGUUACAGUUCGCUCUCCAUUGCCUGAAUCAUUACUCACUCAAUCAAUUCUUUGCUUACUCAACUUCUACUUGGUGCUUAACAAUCACCUAAUCGGCUUCCAUAUCAAAGUCCCCAGUAAAAAAAAAGCAGUUCCGUUCCCCUCCUUGACCCUUCAUCAACCCCCGCGUGCCGCUGCCGCUUCCGUCUCCGCCUCCGAACCCGCUCUCCUCGUGCGUCCCGUCGCAACCGUCGCAUUCACAGUCACAAGCCGAGGUCGAGAAGCCAAGCUUUCUCUUUGGGAAUCCAAUUGCUGCUCAACACUCAACACCUUGCACUGUCCAAUUUCUCUUCCAUUAUUCCCUAUCACACCUCCAAGAUGCCCGCAACAAUCCCUCAGAACAAGUUUGACUCAAUCCCAGACUCGAUCGAGGCUUUCCGAAAUGGAGAAUUCCUCGUCGUGCUCGAUGACCCUUCACGAGAAAACGAAGCCGACUUGAUCAUCGCUGCUGAAGAUGUUACAACCGAGAAGAUGGGUUUCCUCAUCCACCACUCCUCCGGCUACGUCUGCGCUCCUCUCUCUCCCGCUAUCACCACCUCUCUCGACCUCCCUCAGAUGGUUCCCAACAACCAGGACCUUCGAGGCACCGCCUACACCAUCUCAGUUGACUCAGCCGACCCCUCUGUCUCAACCGGAAUCAGUGCUCGCGACCGCGCUCUAGCUUGCCGCACCCUCGCUGACCCCAACGCACGUCCUGAUAGCUUCCGCCGUCCAGGUCAUGUCCUUCCUCUGCGAUCCCGCCCUGGUGGUGUUAGACAGCGACCGGGUCAUACUGAGGCUGCUGUUGACUUCUGCCGACUGGCUGGCAAGGCCCAUGCCGCGGUUAUUUGCGAAAUUGUCGACGUCGGCGAGGAAACCCCUGGCCAGGCUCUUCGUCAUAACCAUGGCAUGCUGAGAGGCGAGGAUUGUAUCGCUUUCGCCCGAAAGUGGGGGUUGAAGGUCUGCACCAUUGCUGAUUUGGUCACCUACAUCGAGAAGACUGAGGGAAAGCUCGAGGCCAAUGGCGCUGAGUCCAAUGGCAACUGAACCGACAUUAGCAUAGGAAAUGGUUAUUAGGAGAAAUUGUUGGGAAUAUGGCGGGCGAGUGGCUGGUUGUUCUACUUGAUUCAUGUUUACACAUAUCCACAGGGCGGUUGAUGGUUGACGAUACUACCUUCAGUUGGUUCCUGUAUUCUUGCAUCUGUUUCUGGAUUCCUAGGGGUAUUUGGCAUAGACUGGGUUUCAUGGCGUCCCGAAAAGUGGCGGUUGAAAAGACAACGAAAAAGAUAUCCCUCCUCUCAUCCAUGCUUGUCCCUGGCUUGUAAGCUGGCGUUGUUAACUACUAGGUAAUUUGUGGCAGCUUGAGGUCCAGAUUAUAUCUGAUUUUUGUCAUUAGUUCAUGCAGUUCCAGGUCGUGUCAAUGUGAAUCUCAUGCUUCUUAAAGUUUGGGUGACUCGGUCAACUUUCCUAUAUCUACCCUCCGCCAGGCCACAUCUUUGUAAGACUUCA